UCUGAAGAGCUCUGCAGCACUCAGUCAGCUGGCUCAGGUUUAUGCUAAGUCUGAGGAGAAGUAACAUCACAGGCUGUGCUGGAUGGACAGGUCAGGAGCCGUUGGAUUUAUUUACCGUAUCCUCCCGGGAUUUAUCGGCCUCAAGAAUCCCUCUCUGGGUCGGAUGAAAUAAAGAGAGAAUGUAUGGAAUAAACCAGCGCUGUGUUUACAUAUCCUUUCAUUUCUUCGUGCUGUGGUGCCAUGCUCAGGGGGAGAAUCACCCGUCUCCUAAUUUUAAGCAGUAUGUGAGGACGCAGGGCGCAGUGACGGACCAGCUGAGCCGCAGGCAGGUCCGGGUCUACCAGCUCUACAGCCGCACCAGCGGGAAGCACGUGCAGAUCCCGGGCCCCAGGGUCAGCGCCACCGCGGAGGACGGGAACUUGUUCGCUCGCCUCUUUGUGGAGACGGACACCUUUGGCAGUCGAGUGAGAAUUAGAGGUGCGGAAAGUGGGCGCUACCUCUGCAUGAACCGGAAGGGCAAACUUGUUGGAAAGCCCAACGGCCGGAGCAGGGACUGUAUCUUCACAGAGAUCGUACUGGAGAACAAUUACACGGCGUUCCAGAAUGCCAAGUAUGACGGCUGGUAUGUGGCUUUUACCAGGAAAGGAAGGCCCAUCAAAGCGUCCAGGACGAGGGAGAACCAGAGGGAGGUCCAUUUCAUCAAGAGGCUCCACACGGGCCCGCCUCCCUUCCCAAACACGGACCAAAGCAAACACUUUGAGUUCAUCCGAUUUCCGGCCACUCGUCGAGCAAAGCGAAACAGGAAAUCACCUCCUAUCUCUUCCUAACACGCAGCAACAGAAAUGGACUGACAGUUGUGAUAUAGGAAGAAAGAGAUGCGAUUUCAUUUUUGUAUAUUUUGAUAGGCAAAAGAUGGUUAAAUGCCAUAAAUCUAAAGUUAUAUUGCUGUAAAAUGGUCAUGUGUAA